AUGAACGCGGAGCCUGAAGCGGAAAAGAAAGAAAGACAGGAAAGGUUAGAAAAUCGCCGAUUUUAUCGUUAUUACUCGAUUUCCAUUUCCAGGUUCACAAUCGAAGAACACGCCGCGAUUUGGGCAUUUUUGCACGCGCGCACGCACGAUCCGACAGACGGACUGCUCGAAAAGUUCCGAUGGAAUGUGCACGCGAAGAAGUUGUGGGAGGAAUACGUCGCAGAGACGGGCUCGCACAGAACUGCGAAAAGUCUUCUCUACAGGUGAGCAUCAGCACCUUUAUCAAAAUCAUUUUUCCUCUUCAGAUACAGCACUUUCGUGAAGACGCUGCCCGCGAUGCCGUUCGGCGUCGAAAUGAAACUGGAUCUCUACUACUCGCUGAGCAUUCCGGUCCACGAGAAUUUCAUCGCUGAGGCUCGCCGCCAAGCACAUCUUCUGCUGGACGACGAGCGAAAUAUAGAGGCAUUCGAGAUGAAGGAAGAGCAGUCGGAAGGAGAACCAGAGCCCGAGCCAAAAAAAGAAGAAAAUGACAAGAAACCGAAAGCCAAGAAGAGAAAGCGAGGAGCAUCGGAGAUCACGCCGUCUGCCAAAGCGCCCGCCCAAAAGAAAACGAAGAAGGUGUUCAGUAAAGAGGAGGAUCUGAAGAUGGUCAAGUUCGUGCUUAGAAAAAUUUGCGAUCCGAUCAGCGGCAACGUGAAUAAUGAUCCGAAGUUCAAGGCGACGUCGACGAAGCACUGGAGUGAGUUCAAGGAGGAGGAGAACGGAGGGAGACCGAUCAAAUCUUACUGCGCUCGGUCAGUUGGGAAAAAAACGCGUCUCCUUAACUUUUCUCUUCAGCUUCAAAAAACUACUGGAAAACAUUGAUUCCCUUCCGAUCGACGUUCGCCGCAAGACUGCCCUGUACUUUGGAUGCCACGUUCCAGUCGAGCAACAUUUUCUCGAGGAGUAAUAAAGCACAACCUUUUACGAAACGAGUUUCAAUUUUCAGGCUGAAAACAAUGACGACGGUUAAGACGGACGAGAACGGAUUCAUCACCGAGUACGAUGCGGACGAGCUGAAAGAGCAGUGCUCGAGACGCGCGAUCUGUUAA